UCCCCUGAAUCUCAGCCUUCAUCAAUCCCCGAACAGCUCGCUUCUCCUCGGGAUUUGCCGAGUCGCAAUAGCUCGCCAUCAAGCCUCCUCUGCAGGAUAUUAUAUGUGGCUUGGAAUCUUACGAAAUGGAAUCGUAAUAGCCUCACCCUGAAAAGCAUAUCCCCCCACUUGGAGGCUCUCACGUAACUACGCCCCACGAUCUAGCCCGUCCCAUCGAGCAGGUGCAAUAUCCUUACCCAGUCCGCCGCACGCGACUGAGGCCUGCAUCGGAGACCCUUGGUUCUUAGGUCUGGUCUUGAGCAUUGAUCACGUCGAUCCGCUAUAAACCUGGCCUUCCCCGAAUCAUUUCAAUCAUUUUUAUGAUCUACAUCUUAUGCGACUCCAUUGACAUCUGAUUUCGAAACAUCGACAACGAUGUCUCAAGAUGGAACUAAGUCCACCGAUACCUGGACCAAAGUCGGCCGUGGGCUGGCGAAGGGUUUAGGAAUCGAGUUGGAGGACCCUGUCCACAAUGAGAGGGUGACGCGUGGUGAAUCAGUCUUCUCGGUCACCAGCGCCGAUACAUAUGUUGAAGAAGAACCAACCGUCGCCGAGUGGCUUCGACAAGUUGCUCCUACCGGCCAAACUGUCGUCCAGUAUUUCAUCAACCUCUUCCCCUUCCUGAAAUGGAUCGGCCGGUACAAUUUACAAUGGCUCAUUGGAGAUCUUAUUGCUGGCAUUACUGUCGGCGCUGUCGUCGUUCCGCAAAGUAUGGCAUACGCAGAAUUGGCCAAACUACCAGUCGAAUUCGGACUCUACUCUUCUUUCAUGGGAGUCUUGAUCUAUUGGUUCUUCGCGACCUCGAAGGACAUCACCAUCGGACCAGUCGCAGUCCUGUCUACCGUCACCGGCAACGUUGUCAUUAAAGCUCAGGAGCAAAUCCCAGAUAUGCCGCCAUGGAUCGUCACAUCCGCCCUCGCAAUCAUUUGCGGUGGGAUUGUCACCUUCCUCGGACUGGUGCGUAUGGGAUGGUUGGUUGAGUUCAUUUCUCUCACCGCUAUCACUGCGUUCAUGACCGGAUCCGCCAUCAGUAUCGCAGCAGGUCAAGUCCCUGCGAUGAUGGGCAUCUCCGGCUUCUCCACUCGAGAUGCCACCUAUCAGGUGAUCAUCAAUACGCUGAAGGGUUUGCCCCGGACGAACAUCAAUGCCGCCAUGGGAUUGAGUGCAUUAUUCUUGCUAUAUCUGAUCCGCUUUACAUGCGGCUACGCCGCACGCAAGCAGCCGCAUCGUGCGAAGCUAUACUUCUUCCUGUCGACUCUUCGAACUGCGUUCGUCAUCCUCUUUUACACGAUGAUCAGCGCAGCGACGAAUCUACACAGGAGGGAUAACCCUCGGUUCAGAAUCCUCGGGAAUGUGCCUAGAGGUUUCCAACACGCGAAGGUUCCCGAGCUUAAUUCUACCAUCAUCCGCACCUUUACCAAUGAAAUUCCCGCCGCAGUCAUCGUUUUGCUGAUCGAGCACAUUUCCAUCUCCAAAUCCUUCGGCCGCAUCAACAAUUAUACCAUUGACCCGAGCCAGGAACUAGUCGCCAUCGGCGUCACCAACCUGCUGGGUCCAUUUUUAGGUGGUUACCCGGCCACUGGUUCGUUUAGUCGAACGGCAAUCAAGAGCAAAUCUGGCGUGCGAACUCCAUUUGCCGGUGUUAUUACCGCGAUAAUCGUCUUGUUGGCCAUCUAUGCACUUCCUGCGGUCUUCUUCUACAUCCCAAAUGCCUCCCUUUCAGCUGUCAUCAUCCACGCUGUUGGCGACCUCAUCACCCCACCCAAUACUGUCUAUCAAUUCUGGCGGAUAUCCCCACUGGAAGUUCCGAUCUUCUUCGCUGGUGUUUUCGUCACAAUCUUUACCUCCAUUGAGAAUGGUAUCUACACGACCAUCGCGAUUUCUGCUGCCAUGUUGCUCUUCCGGAUGUUCAAGGCCAAAGGUCGAUUCCUCGGCAAGGUCAAGGUCCACUCCGUGAUCGGAGACCAUCUUCUGAACCCGGAUCAGUCGUCAGGAAAGCCUCGACUGAAGCAACUUCCCAAAGGCGAUCCGGAGGAGAACACCCGAAACAUUUUCUUACCGCUCGACCACAAAGACGGCAGCAAUCCGACCGUUGAAGUCAGCGCGCCCUACCCAGGGAUCUUCAUCUAUCGAUUCUCUGAGGGAUACAACUAUCCCAACGCAAAUCAUUAUCUCGACUAUCUCGUUGCCUCGAUCUUCAAGGAGACCCGAAGGACCGACCCACAUUCCUAUGGCCGCCUCGGAGACCGUCCAUGGAACGACCCCGGCCCAUCCCGCAGCGAAAUGAAGCGAAUCGACGCCGCCGGCGGUGUCGUCGAAGACGAGCGCCCCACCCUCAAAGCUAUCAUCCUCGACUUCUCCUCCGUCAACAACGUCGACGUGACCUCGGUCCAAAAUCUCAUCGACGUCCGCAACCAGCUCGACCGCUACGCCACCCCCGACCUCGUGGACUGGCACUUUGCCUGCAUUAACAACCGCUGGACGAAGCGCGCCCUUGCCGCCGCCGGGUUCGGUCUCCCGACCUCGGCGUUCAAGGACGGCAGCGCGGGACACUGGAAGCCGAUCUUCUCGGUGGCGGAGAUCGGUGGAUCGGAUUCGGCGGCGGUGGCAGCGGAUUACCGGAACCGCGAGGACGAGGAGAACCAGCGGCGGGCGUCGGUGGUGGCGGCGCUGCCGGCGGAUGCGGUGACGCGGCAGUCGAGCUCGGAGGACGACGCGGUGACGGAGGCGUUGGAGAAGACGCUGAGCUCGACGAAGGCGUAUGGGACGGUGAAGACGACGGAUCGGAAAGUCGCGGUGGUGCAUGGGUUGAAUCGGCCACUGUUCCAUAUGGAUUUGACGAGCGCGUUGCAGGCGGCGAUCGCGAAUAUAGAGGGGAAGACGGUGUAGAUGGGGGAGAUGCUUAUUUUAAUUUACUUUGAGAUACCUCUGGAUGAUACG